UUGAUGAUGAUGAUGAACGUUAUUUAUGAUCGUUUCGGUUGGCUUGGGUAAGCGUGGGACACGUGCUUUAGAAUUGGCACUUCGAUGGCACUUCAACGAAGCGUCGACGUACGCGUUAUUUAAAAGCCUUUAGGCGCUUGGCAAGCAACUGCUUUUUUUGCAAAUGGCCGUUUGAAGCGCUGUAAUCUCUGCUGUGCGCACUGCCAGUCGCCUUGUUGGUUUACUGUUAAGCACAAGCAGACAAGCAUGCGUCCGGACAGACGUGGUAACUUGUGAUCCCGUUCUUCUUUACGGACAGAGCUGUCGGAGAGACCCCGUAUACGGCUCUCAGCUGCUCCCGGUCGCGUCCUUCCGGGAUGGAGCUCGAAGAUUUCGCACUCAUCUCCGUCGGCUGCUGCGGUGACAACGCCGACGGGGCGGUAGGUCUUUUAGAAAAGCUCGCGAGCUGUUGGCGAAACUCGAUCUGCCGCCCUGCUGGCCGCGGCGGCGGUGAUUCGGCGACCUGCUGGCCUGACGAUUCCGUGACUCGCACGACUAGUCUGGUUCUCCAAGACGCCUGCCUUCGCGACGAAGGCGGACUGUUGGACGCCCAGGGACCUUACGCCGCUAGCCUGCGCCGUCUCCUACGGGCCGUGACACCUGCCGUCUCCGCUCUCCUCUGUGACCCCCGGUCUAACUUAAGCCCUCAGUGUCGGGCGUUUUCGACGAGCCUCUCGGAAAUCGUGUCGCACCUUCUGGAAUGCGCCAGCAGGCUCGGAGAGGACGAACUGAAGGCGGCGUGCGACGGCGUCGCCAACCCAGCCGAAAGCUUUAUUACUGCGGCUCUGAUCGACAUCCUCGAGCCGUCGUUGCCGCUGCUAAACCUAUGCUUCGAGUGUUGUCAAGCGGUGGUUCGAAUCGGCAGCAGAAGCGGGCGUCUCGAGCGCUUGUCGGAGCUAAUGCUAGACGCUCUGAAAGCGGGCAAACCCGCAAUAGUGUCCCACGUGAUCGCGAGGUACGUGCCCGAACUCGCAGUUUUCCAAAAGACCGAGUUGCAGUCCUUCGUCAGGAGAGCCCUGGAGGUUGUGCGUUCGUUUUUCGCCGCGGACGACAGCGGGUAUCUGGUGGAAAAGAGCCACGGCGGAUUCACGAUCUUGUGCGGGCUUGCCCAGUACCUGCGACAGAGUGUCUUUCUGAACCAAAAUGAGAGCGCCUCAGUCUGUGACGACUUGUUCUGGCAGAUCGUGCAGCACGGCCUUGUGCACCCAGACUCCCUGGCACGAAAGAGGUCUAUGUACGUCAUGAAGCACGUACUGGACGCAUGCUGCGAUGAGAAAUUGGACUUCUCUUGUCUCGUAUUCUCCUGGAAUCCGGACGAAACAGCCGAGCUAAUGGGUGUAUGGCAAGAACUCCUUCUGGUUUUGGAAGUGCUUGAAGAAAAACAGCCCCACGUUGUGAAACCAAUGCUGGCAAAGUUUGCGUCUUUCUUGGAGCGCAUGGAGGCCUCUCCAAAAGUUCACAUCUCCUGGCUACUCCUGGUGUUCAAUCGGAUGCUGACACACGAGAGCCGGACCGUGGUCAAGUGGGCAAUCUCCAAGUUUACAAGCUCGCCGGCUUUAGUGAAGCUCAUGUUUGACAACGACAUGGAAAAGUUUGUCCUGGGUCCUCUAGUACGCUCUUUGAAUGACUGUGCCAUCUUUGCUAGGGAAGAUACCGAUCCUCUUGGUUCGCCGGCUCGUCUGUCAGAAAGUCUUGAAGUUUUCUUUAAACACUGUCAAGACUUGCUGUUAACUACUGACAAAUUUGGAGGCUACCUUGAAAAGCUGUUUGCAGCCCUGUCGAAGCAAUCGUGGAAUGGUGUCUCCCUCAUGUACAUCAGCUAUGCCCUGCUUGGUCUCAAGAAGCAGCCCGUGCUAGGUGACUCCGCUCUUGUCAGUGUUGGGACAGUGAUUCUUAACAUACAGCGUUUCCAAGAGCCGGUGUUGCGGGCAGCUGCUCAGUGCUACCUGUUGGUCGUAUGCCUUCGGCUGCUCGAUCCGACAAAAGUGAACUACAAUCAGCUCUCGGCAUUCCUGGGUCUCUUCGAGAGGAAAGAGGUCAUAAUGAGAGGCACGGCGCAAUGGAAGGUGACGGUGUCAGCGCUGCGAGAACUCCUGCUGGUUGAGGACUCUGAAGAAGCGGGUCUCCGGCCGGCGGAUGUGACCAGCUUUCUGGCGCACUCAGUUAAGGACCUUAUCGAAGCCAGUUGCCCCAGCUCUAUGGCAAACAUGACCUGUGUGUGCCGGCUCGCCAGGAUGGCUGUGCUGUUCCAUGAUGCAAGGCUGUUGUGCGGCGACAUCACGUGGGACAAGCUUCUCGAAGGAAGCAUAGAGAUUCUGAGCGCCUCUGGCACGAGGCCUUACCUCGCACGACAUCACUCGCUCAGAGCUGCCCAGUUGCUCAUUGCGAUCUACCACGAAGCCAAGCCAGUGAAUGGCGACUCUUCUUUGCAAGAGGAGCUGCUCUUGUUGCUCGUGCCGCGUGCCGAGGAGAUGCACGAGUACAUCUACAAGCUUGCCUUUCUUUCAAUCAACAGUUUGGAUGACUUUGAAGAAACCCAGGUUCACUACCAGUUCUUGAACAUUCUCGCCGGUGAGCGUGAGUUCAACUCGCUUUCCUACCAGUUCAUCAAUGAGGGCCUCGAGACUUGUAGAGAGAAGCUCAUACAAUCAACUGCAUCGGCAGUUGUGUCGGUGGAAACGGUGCCUUACUGGAGGUUCCUUCGCUGGGUCCUCAAACGCUUUCCUCGGAAGACAAAUGAAGUGGAAGCAUUGCUCCUUGAAGUGAUUGAGAAAGGAAGCAUCUCAAGGCCGAUCUCUAGACCUGACUCUUGGAUCAUCCAGGACCGAGUGGCCAAGUCGCGCUGGGUGGCGUUUGCGGCCGCAGUGACGGAGCUCGUUUGGGAGAGCGUCUCCAAGAUCGCUCUCUCCACUGACAAGCUCUGCAACAAGCUGAUCGCGGAAGCCAUCGAAGCCUUGGAGACAGCUUCGCAAAAGUCGUGCCUUCACAUUCUGAAGGCCGUGUCGCAUGCCCUGUCACUAGUCAAGGUCGUUGAUGCUGACCUCUUGUCCAAGUGCCUUAAGGCCUGCUGGCAGAGCUGCAAGGACUUAAAGAAAAGCGACAUAUUCCGACCUGCUGUGGAGAUGUUCAUCAGUUUUGCUUUCCAGCCAUCACUACUACAUCUAAACGAGGGACGCCUACUAAGUCAUUAUCUUGACGAGCUGUUGGAUCUGGGAGAAGUGAUGCCUGGUGUCUUCUGCACCCUGAUUACAAAACUGAUAGACGUAUGGAAGGGCAGCGUGGUACUGAUGGAUAGCCAACUGGAUGUCAUGGUUAAGGCUCUGACAUACGGACCCGUUUACCGCAAGGACCAACGGAUAGUUUUUGAUUCUGAGGCCUUUGUGACAGCACAAGGCGAGGCCCUGUCCGUCAACCAGCUGCUGCGAAGUGAACACCAAGCUGACGUUGAAGUUCGAGCGCUGGGAAUUGCCUUCCUGAUCCAGCUAACCUCUAGUGAGAAAGCAUCUGUCCAGACCCCAGCUAAGCUUUCAGAGGCCCUGGUAAGGUACGACCGUGAGGUUACCUCAACACGGAAGCGCUACUUUGGGAACUCGACGAUCCACCGAAUUAAGAACAGGGUCUGGCAAGCUCAGCUGUGCCUUUUGCAUCUCUUGAGCGAGGAAAUGUUUGAAAAACUUCUGGAACAUGUUUUUCAAGAGCUCGUUGAAGACAGCCAACAGCCGUCGAUUCGUUGCUUGCUGGAAUGGACGGCUGUCUCCAUUUUGCUCCGCACACCCCGACUUCGUGCGAAGCUGGUUCCCUCCAUGGAACAGGCAGGUAUUGAAAGGACAGGAAGCGUGUGUUCUUUCCUGGCUAUUAUCAUUCACCUGGGUGCCUGCCUCGAUCCUGAGACCGAACUGGAGUCACACCUACUGGAAUUUCUUCCUGCUGUGCUUCCUUGGAGCAUGGGGCAGCACUUCAAUGCAAGGGUGUAUGCCCAAGUGGCACUUCACCUAGCUUCACGUUGGAGCAAAGAGCACGGAUUGAGCUCGGUUACGGAGAAGUACGACGCCCUGUUCACGUGUCUGAAGAGCACCAUUCAGAUGGGGAACUGGUCGAGAAAUGUUGAAAAGCUCCUGGAGGAUUUUUACUUCAAGGACUUCAAUGCUGUUGAUGACCUUACACUUCAAACAAUAUUCUGUGACCUUCCUCGGCUGACCGGUCUCACGGACAGGGAGUUCAUUCCACUCACUGUCUUUGAAGAAGUCCUCACCCUGGGUCCUGAGAAGCUUGCCUUGCCACUGUACAACCUUGAUGACCGGCUUUCUUCUGCUAAGCCCAGCCAUUGGCUUGAAGGAACUCACAUGGAGGCUGAAGUGGUUCUCGACAAGGAAGACUACCAGAAGAAGAUCACCCCCUGGAAGCAGCAGCUGGCCUCGUGCGACCUGAUGUGGGACCUCGGCGUACCGAAAAAGAAGACUGGUGAUGGCCUGAUCGUCGUCGCCUCGUUGAUCGACCGCAUUCCCAACUUGGGCGGCUUAUGCAGGACCUGUGAGGUAUUCGGAGUGAACGAGUUUGUGGUAGGCUCGCUAAAGUACCUUGAAGACAGGAACUUCCAAGGACUGAGCGUUUCAGCUGAAAAGUGGAUCACCAUAAAUGAGGUGAAAGUGCACCAGCUGAAAGAAUACCUAUCCGGGAAGCGAAGUGAAGGGUAUACCCUGGUAGGUGUUGAGCAGACGACUGGGAGCAAACCGCUGCAUGAGUUUAGCUUCCCGCAGAAGACACUGCUCUUGCUUGGAAAUGAGAAGGAAGGACUCCCGGUUGAGCUGAUUCAGCUGCUUGACGUCUGUGUCGAGAUUCCUCAACACGGUGUCAUACGUUCUCUCAAUGUUCACGUUAGCGGAGCCAUCUUGGUGUGGGAAUACACAAAGCAGCACUUUGCGUCGCCUGCCGUGGAAUAACCUCUGGCAGUGUGCGAUCAUGUUGCUCAGCUGUAACGGUCACUGGCUGUUCUAGAAUUGCCGUUCUUUUCUUGCACCGAGCAGUGCAAAGUGUGUGUACGCUUGCAUCACCUACGAAGGCACUGCAGCCUUUACAUUUUUAAGUCUUCCAGCAAACUGAGCAUUAGCCUGGGAACACUAAGGGUGGCCUGAAUGAAGCAUGGAGUGAGUAAAUAUCUACCGUUAAUGAGCUUCUCCAAAGUGCUGCUCAGUGAAUUGUCAAAGGACAAAGGUGCGGCAUUUGCACAAUGAUUUUUACUCUCUCGCGGGGCAUCUUACUAUGCAGAAGUUUACUGUUGCUCAUGGGAAGCUCUUGAACCAUAGCUAAAUUUAAUCAUGAGUAAAAUGUUCGAUGCAACGAGGAAGGAUGCAAAUAAUGUGCCAUGUCAUAUGUCUGGGUAGUGUGUGCCAGAGAUGGUGGCAGGGCUGGUAGUUGCAAUGUUAAAUAUGUAUAGGCCUGCUGAUACAGAACUGAUGUACAGGCCUUGCAGAACUACUGCAGGCAAGUGCUGUACCUGCAGUUAAUCUUCAGAGCUAAGAAGGCACUUCCAACUAGCUGUUCCAAGAUGUUCUUGUAGCGUUAUAAAUUUGUGCAAGACGGCAUUCAAGCUGUAUUGCGAGUGCAGUAACGACCAGGUGUUUCAGUGCCCCUAGUGGAGCCCACUCUGGUGCAACACAGUUUUGGUGCUGCUUUGCACCGCCUUUGAAGCACUGCUGAUGCAUUUUGUAACAACCAGGAGAGGACGCCAUGAUAGGUUUACCACCAUUUGGGGAUGCCAAGCUUUGUCCGUGAACAUAAGGAACAAACGUGUCACUCCAUAUUAGACUGCUAGGGUAAAGCAGGCUGCAAGCUGCUAGGGUAAAGCACUGUCAUCUGAAGUACUUGCUGCCAGGCCUCUGCAUCAUAGUCCAUAUAGCAACAAGUUGUGCUCGCCAUGGAAAAUGUGUGCAUUCUUGUGUCGGAGGGGACACUCGAAACCCUGCUGCAUCGUGUGUCCCAAGCAGCACGGGACCUGGGGCCAAUGUAGAGCCAAUAUGGCCCUAUGUAGGACCAGCAUUUCCCAAUAAUGUGCAAAUACUUACCAGUGUUCGGCCACCAUCGGGCCCGACUUUUUACGUUAUAGUUAGCGUGCCAGUGAAGAGGCAUUGCACUUUGAAAACACGGGACACAGUGCUGUAUCGUGUGCCUUUCUUUUUUUCCUUGGCAUCCCCAUACUCGUGUUCUGUGGGGUCAACAUGGCCAAAAAUGUAUGACCAAUAUAUCUCUACGUCAGGCAUUGACCCCGUCUUCUCGUAUUGCUGGGUCGGCUCAUUAGAGAAAAGGCAGAAUGCACUAAAAACGCACAGUCCUGCAGUAUGUCAUGCAUCUUUCCUAGGUGUCCCCAUGCUGAAAAUCGUAGUGGGUAACUAACUUUAGGUCAGACCAAAGCCAUUCUAAUUGCUUCCUGGCACAGGUCGGCCACCGCAUCACUCGAUAGCCUCGCCAAAGGCUUUGCACAAUCUAUCAUGGCAUGCCACCGUAUAUUUUUCUGGUGUGCGUAGCCAUGCAAGGCUGUGGUAGAGUCUACUUUUCCUCUAUUUGCACUGAUCCAUGCCAAUUUGGGUGCUCGCAUGAUACAUAAAGGUACUGCUGCCUUCACAUCUUCAAGUCUUACCCUACAUUACAUGUUGAUCUGUGCAGCAAUACUUCGUAAUCUGAAUUCUGUUGUUUAGCGCAAUCGCAUGUACUUCUCUGUGAAUUGUCAGAUUCCAUGUUUGCAGUAAGAAUGAAGAGAUGUGGCACAUAACACUUCUGAAAUGGCAAGUUGUGUAUGGCGUUAUCUUUCUUUUUCUAUUUUGGCUUUACUUUGAAUUAGCAAAUAUGUAUUCUCCCUUGUCAGAUAGGUUCUUCUGUAAAGUUGUGGCGGCCUGUUGCUUAUGUAGCAUGGAACAGAAUCAGGUAGCAGCCUUGCCAAGGCUAUCACUCAAUCUCAGUUCUCUGCAUAGACAACCUGUACAUAGAAUCAAAAAGUUAUUAUUGCACUCGUGGACUUAGAUGGUUCUCACAAUGGCCGAAGAAAGUGCUUGCUAAAGCGUUAUCCAUGUUAGUUUUUGUUCACAUGCUCUUAGUCAUAGUGAUGCCCUACAUGGGCAAAAUUCUAGGUCGGCUGGGAUAACGACGUCAUCCAGAUCAUUCAGAUGUUGUCUAUAUGCGUGUUACGACUAUGUUUCAUAUUUAAGAGUGUAGUGUGUUGUAGUGUGUACAAUACUAUUAUAUAAAUUUUAGGUAUUAAGAAAUUAUAUUCAGUCAAACCUCAAUAUAACGAAAUUUGCAAUGUGAUGAACUACUUUGAUUUCCCGAGCUUAGUUCCAUUGAAAACUGUGCAUUUUCCCCCCGAUUUAACGACCAUUUCAAGCAUGUAUUUGGACCCUGUAUGGCUAGUAAAUGUAGCAAGAAAAGUGUAAAAAUGUCAGCCGAGGCAAAAGUUAUUUCAAGUGUCCUUCUGCGUGAAAAGUUUGAGCGGCAAAAAAGCCGUCGAAAUGCGUGCAUCAAGAUGCUGUAAGCAGCAAAUGCCGCUGCAUCAGUUGUAGCAUUGGUAAACAGCUUGCAGAGGCCAUGUGGGUGCAUGCCAGCUCACAGUGCUCGGAGAAACACGAAAGCUGGUGCUGCAGGGGGGGGGGAGGGGGUGCGGACACAGGAAUGUGCGCCUAUUUGCUCUCUCCCCAUAGUGCACGCGUCUCUUCCUCACACGCGGGCCAUGUGGCCGAGGAACUUGGAGCUUUGAUGUGCAUUGUGCUCAUGCAUUGUAGUGUU